GUUUCGACGAGGGCAAGGCUAAGGCCAGAGUCCACGAGUUGGACGAGCAGCUCGAGCUCGCGUCGAGGGCAAAUGAGACACACUGGCAGGCACUUCGCACGGCAAUCAAGGCGGAGCGCGACGCGUUGCGGCAGCAGCUCAACGUCCGCAAGCCUGUCUCCGCUUGGAUGUUCGCACUCGUUCGGCAGCUGCACGGCAAAACCCGGCGCAUCGAGAAGCAGCGCGGCGCCAUCCAGAAGCAGCAGGAGCACAUUGAUGAGCUGGUGGCGGCCAUAGAACAGGCGCGGAAGGACGGCGCGGAGCGGGGGGCCAAGGUGGAGGAGAUCCGGCAGCGGCAACCUGCGUUGGCCGAGGCCGCCGCUCGGCCUCCACAGGACCUCUCGGUGCGAGCGGCUCCAGCGGAUGUGCCCAUCAUGGUACGCCUUCAGCUGCUCCUGCUGCCGUGGGUCCUGCUGGCGAUCGUGGUGGCGAGCAGGCCCAGCAGCCGUCGGCUCGUGAAGCAGAUCUGCGGGCACUGCGAGAUCACCGGGCACAGCUGGGCCUGCAGCUGGGACCUGAAGCUCAAGAUGAG